UUUAACACUUCAAGCAGGCAAGCAUGAGUAGUUUGUGCUCAGAGCACAGUGAAGGAUUUCCAUUUUAACUUUCUAAGGGCGGAAGGAGGGGGAGAGUAAGCGCCCAGUUCCAUGUCGUUACGAUAAAUGUUACCAAUCAAAGUUAUUCAUUCAUUCAUUCAAGGCCUUCUUGAUGCUUACAGGGCGAUGACUGAUGAGUGGAUGCCUUCAUUUUAACUUUUCAUAUGAUGAAUUCCUCACGUUUUGUUACUCAUUUAUCCCCCUCAUGGCAUAGUUGGAUCAGGUUUUCAAUUCUCCUAAGCUACCCAUCCAAGUUCAAUUGCAGAUGGAAUCAAAAGAGUUGACCAAAUGCUUGCCGUGGGGUGCAAGUGCAAACAAUCAUAGUUUUCUAACCACGCACAAAAUCUCUAUUUAGUUGUCCCCAGAGCUGUUGUCGAGAUCACAGAUUAGUUCAUUCAUCUCUGAAAAGAUGCAUAAAAAUAAAAACACAAAUCUUGCUCUAAGCACCGGCUUUGAUCGGCCGGCUCACUAUGACAGGUCUGGUCCCUAUCCCAUUAAACAAUAUCAUCAUAUGAAAAGCGGAAAGAUUUAUUCGAAACUGUGGCGAGUGGAAAUGGAGAUCGCUGAGAAGCUACAGAAACUCAAGAUUGAAUGCUUCGGAGAUGAUCAGAUGAAUGCAGAAACACAGAGCGCCUUGUCUGGUAUAUACAAAGACGAGAAACCCGUUAGAAUGUAUUAUCAAGCCUUAGAAGAGAAGAAUAACUAUUUCCAGAUUCCGAAAAGCUCAGAAGCGUUUGGAAAACUGUGGCAAGAGGAAUUGGAUUUCAUUAAGAAGCUACAAAAGCUAAAGCUAAAUCUAGUGAAGCUAGACCACAAGAAGAAAUGCUUCUCAACAGAUUGCGGAACAGCAUAUGUUCCGUCAAGCACAACAGAUCCUCGAGCAGCAAUUACACUGUUAUACACAACAUAUAAAAAAUAUUCGGAAGCAGCAUUUACGCGGUUGACCACAAGACAGAAGAUCCAGUGGAAAGUGAAGGAGAUAGAAGAACUAAAACAAUUUGUCAACGAACUAUAUGUUCUCAAGCGACCACGCCAGAGCGACAAUAGUUCACUACAUGAACAGGCUGUGAAGUUGCACAAAGGAAGGCAUCACGGAAGCAACAGCUUGGUCAAGGAAAGACAGGUGCUUAAGAAAAUCAAUCAAGCCAGGGAAGAAUUAGAAGAGAUGAGUGGCAAUAGUCCUUCAGAGCCAGUGACUCGAAUCUACACAUGGCGAGGGGAUAUUCUCGACACGAAAGAAGCUCUAACGGAUUAUAUAAAGGAUACUACCAGGGAAGUUGAAGAACUGAGACUGAAACAAAUGACAUACAGAGCAUAUGAUGGUGGUGCAGAACUCGAAAAAGCGGCUACUGAAAAUCAGAUAAGGAUUUUAGAAAGGAAACUGGAGAAUAUCAAGCAGAAGAAGCUCUUCCAAACUACAACUUAAUAAAAUAGAAGAGAUUUCAACAUGAGUAGUGCUAGCUGCACAUAAUUGUGUACAUAAUUUUUGUACAUAAUGAGGUGGCAAGUGAUGUAGUGAGUUUUAAUUGAAUUUGUUGAUGUAAAUGUAGUGGGCUCAUUCCAAUCAAUACCCACCACAUGUCCUUAUCUACAUGUUUUUGUACAUAAUUAUGUGCAUCAAGCAUUUUCCUUUCAACAUAUAGGUGAAAGUUGUCGUGUUUUAUGUAUUUUUUUUUGUGUGUGCUCGUAAUUCUAAAACAAAUCAUCCCA